AUGGGGGGCGCACGCGAUUACUCCCGGCUGUGGGUGCCUUUCACGACCGACGAAGUGAAGGCGUCCAAGUUCGACUGGCAAACGGCACCUGGUCCGGACGGUAUCCGCCCGGAUGAGUGGCGCCUAGUUCCUGCGGCCCGAAAAGCGGAAAUAUUCAACUCUUGGUUGACCACUGGCGUAAUACCAGAGCCCCUGCGGCAAUGCCGGACGAUCUUCGUGCCGAAGACGGACGUUCCUGCUGGACCGGGCGACUAUCGACCGAUUUCGAUAGUCGCCCGGAUUUCGAUACCGCUUAGGCACAUGCACUCGGUCCUGGCGAGGAGACUUCUGGAUUGCUGCCCCCCCGAUGCACGACAGCGUGGAUUCGUCCGCGCCGACGGCACGUUGGAGAAUUCCGCCGUGCUGGACGCGGUGCUAGGGGAUAGCAGGAAAAGGCUAAGAGAGUGUCAUGUGGCGGUCCUCGAUUUCGCGAAGGCGUUCGACACAGUGUCUCAUAGAGCGCUGGUCGGGCUACUCCAGGCUCGGGGGCUGCCCUUGGCAUUCUGUGAUUACAUCUCUCGGCUGUACGACUCGGCGACCACCACGUUGGAUGUCGGCGUACAGUCGAGCGCACCUGUUAAACUGGGCCGAGGUGUACGUCAGGGAGAUCCGUUGUCGCCCAUCCUGUUCAACAUGGCGAUGGACGUAAUUCUUGCCGCUCUACCGAAAGAGGUAGGCUAUAGGCUGGAAAUGGAGCGAGUCUCGGCUCUGGCCUAUGCCGAUGACCUAGUCCUGCUUGCAGGCUCAAAGGUAGGGAUGCAGGAAUCCAUUGACCGUGUGUUCGAGGUUGCGUCGUCGAUGGGUCUCUUGGUUAACAACAACAAGAGCUCCGUCUUGUCGAUGGUGCCCGACGGAAAGCGCAAGAAGCACCACUAUCUGACCGGGAAAAAUUUCCGGAUAGGUCGGAAGUGGUUGACUCAAACUUCCUGCGUGGAACGUUGGCGCUAUCUCGGCAUCGACUUCCAGGCGUCUGGAUGCGUGAUGUUAGAGCAUGACAUCAAAGUUGCCUUAACUAACAUCUCUAAGGCACCCCUCAAGCCGCAGCAGCGACUCGAAAUCGUGAGGGGACACCUUAUUCCGAGAUUUUUGCAUGGCCUUGUGUUGGGCAAUAUCUCGGAUGAUAGGUUAAGCAUGCUCGACGUCCAGAUCCGGGGUGCGGUUAGGAAUUGGCUGAGGCUCCCGAAGGAUGUGCCUGUCGGGUACUUCCACGCCGACAUCAAGGACGGCGGCCUAGCGAUCCCAUCGCUUCGGGCGACCGUCCCGGAUCUCAUAUUGAAGAGGUUCGGGCGGCUCGACUCGUCGAGUUGGUCAGUGGCACAGGCCGCCGCCAGAUCCGUAAGGAUCCGAAAGAAGUUGAGCUGGGCCGACAAGCAAAUCCGAAAGUUCACCAGAGAGGAUCCGGUCACGGGCCUUAGGUCCGUCUCACGGUUUUGGCGAGAUAGACUGUGGAGCUCAGUGGACGGGUUCGAGUUACGCGAAUCCGCCCGCACUCCCGCGUCUACGAAGUGGAUUCGGGAGGAGUCUUCACAUGUCUCGGGUCGGGACUUCGUGCAGUUCGUCCACACGCAUAUAAACGCCAUCCCGUCAAGGGUUAGAAUAUCUAGAGGGCGAAGGAUUGGUCGUGAGGCGGAGUUGAACUGCCGCGCCGGGUGCGUGGUUAGGGAGACGACGGCUCACACCAUCCAACAAUGUUGGCGGACGCACGGGGGCCGGAUCUUGCGCCAUGACCGUGUAGUGAGGCUAGUAGCAGAAGCGAUGGCCUCAGACCAAUGGUCGGUGGUGACUGAGCCUCAUGUCAAGACCUCGAAAGGCCUUCGGAAUCCCGACAUAGUAGCCGCUAAAGGAGGCGUCGGAGUGAUCGUGGACGUCCAGGUAGUCUCGGGCCAGCGGCCCCUCGAUGAUGCUCACCGUGAGAAACGUAGUAAAUACGGGACUCACGAGGAGCUAGUUGAGAAGGUUGCUGGUAUACUAGGACUACCCAAUAAGGAUUGCGUCCACGCGACCUCUUGUACGAUCUCCUGGCGAGGUGUUUGGAGUCACUCCUCCUAUAAGGAGUUGAAGAGACUCCUAGGGCUGAAGGAGAGUCUGUUGAGAGCUAUACCAGUGGUGGUAUUGCGCGGCUCGCACAUGAACUGGACACGUUUCAGUCAGAUGACCGGGACUGUGGUGGGAACCCCAGUGUGA